ACUGGCAGUACUGUUCCUGCAGUGGAGGACAAUUCCCUACUCCUUUUCUAAAGGGAGCUCAAAGCAAAAAAGAGCACCAUGAAGCUGGUGGCGUCUCUCCUCUUGAUCACUCUUGCCCUUUGCUGCUAUGAUGCUGAUGCAACACCCUGUCCAGAAUAUGUAAAAGAAGCCAACAUCUUCAUACUGGGUACCGAGUCUCAACUCCGGCUCUCACUUGCCAAAUUCAACGCACCUCCGGAAUCUGUGGAGGCAAAAAUAAUUACAAAAAGAUGUGUUGAUAAGAUGGAUUAUGCAGAUAGAGAACGCUUUGCAGGAGUACUGAAAGAAAUUGUGGGGGACUGUUGACCUGUGAGGUGCAAACGUCUGAUCUUGAUUUC